CUCCCAUGUAUUCCUCCCCCUUUCUAUCAUCCCUCCUAUUCGCUUUUAAUAAUGUGAGUAAAGCCCCCUUAGUUUCUUUAGAAUUUAAUAAAAUCUAUAAUAUAUACUAGUGAUCACAGUACCCGUUUCUUGCAUCUCUCUACAAUUAGAACUUCAGAUCCUCGUCCUCUCUCUCUCUCUCUCUCUCUCUCUCUCUCUCCUACUUUUUUCUGGUGAUUCUCUCUCUCCUACUUCAGACCUUACAGCAAUGGCUACAUUGCCUUCUUCACGGUUUGCUCUCAUGAUAUUUGCGAGAAUCUCAGGUGUUAUAGUUGCAGGCCUGGUGCUCACUUGGGCAGUUGUCUUUAAGUCAAGUUUUCUUCCUCGUUCUUCCUCCCAUGAAGAUUUCCUCUACUCUGUCCUACAUCCACUGUUAAUGGUGAUAGGUUUCAUACUCAUUAGUGGAGAAGCUAUUCUGGUGCAUUGGUGGCUUCCGGGUUCAAGAAAUUUGAAGGAAUCGGUGCAUCUGAGCAUGCAAGGAGUUGCUCUGGCUUCAGGGCUCUUCGGAAUUUGGACCAAAUUUCAUAGCCGGAAGGGGGUUGUUUCCAAUUUCUACAGUCUACAUUCCUGGAUGGGUUUGUUCACCAUCUUCUUGUUUGGAGCUCAGUGGUUGAUGGGGUUGUUGAGCUUUUGGGACAGAGGUGGGGUGGUUAGAACCAAAAGGCUUAAAAGGGUACUGCCAUGGCAUCAUUUGUUUCUGGGUCUCUACACUUAUGUCUUGGCUGUGGCAACUGCUGAGACCGGACUUCUAGAGAAGCUGACUUUCUUACAAACAAAGACAAAUGCGUUGAAACGCUCGGCGGAGUCCAUGGUUGUGAAUAGUUUAGGACUUGGAUUGGCUUUACUUAGUGGCAUUGUAAUAUUCACUGCACUGUCUGCCAGGCAUCAAACUCUACCAACUAAACUCAUGAUGUAUUAGUGUAAGUGGCUGUCUUCCUAGCUGAGGCUGAUCCUUGUGAAAACAAAUUCCUUUCUUAUGAGUUUUGAGGAUUGAAAGUUGUAACAUAAUGGAGAUGACAGAGAUUAGGGUUACCUCAA